CCAUCCACGCCAACACGACAAUAUCCCGACCACAAUUCAAUCCUUUGUAUGCGGCCUGUGCGUCGCGCAUUCACGUCUAGUGCUCGACCGCUUCACGCCCUCCGCCCGUGGCUGUGCAGAAACUUCACCAAACGGCGAGUUCUGAGUCACGAGACAGUCACGCCCAGCGCAACACGAAACUAUAUAAGUCGACUGCGCAUCUCUCCUUUCCAAUCCUCACAGUACGCAACAAUGGCGCUCGCAAACGGUGCAGCGUCCGACAUGGAGCAAAUCACCUCACACCUACAGACACUCGGCAUCUCCAGCAUACCCACCUUCCCCGGCGUCCAGCUCUACCCCCAGCAUAACCCCGUCGAUGUAUACCGCGCCGUCAUCAUCCAACAGCUCCAGACCAUCACCGGCGCCGAACCCGAAAUCAUCAACAACGCCGUGCAAUGGACGCAAGAUCUCAAGCACGGUGAUCUGGUCUUGCCCGUUCCCGCCUUGCGCCUGAAGGGCAAGAAACCCGACGAACUGGCCAAGGAGAUCUCGGAGAAGUUCAGCAGUCCUCUCAUCCAGAAGCCCACUGCCGAGAAGACAUAUGUCCGAUUCUUCUUCGAGCCGAAGUCGUAUGCCAAGCUCGUGCUGCCCACCAUUCUCAAGCAGAAGGGCGAUUACGGCUUCAAUCCCAACCUGGGCCUGGAAGAUCCGAAGGAUCCGUCAAGUCGGAAGAAGAAGGUGAUUGUGGAGUACUCAAGUCCGAACAUCGCAAAGGAGUUCCACACUGGCCAUUUGAGGAGUACCAUCAUCGGCGGCUUCCUGAUCAAGCUGUACUCGCGCGCAGGUUGGGACACGCUCUCGAUGAACUACCUCGGCGACUGGGGCAAGCAGUACGGCGUGCUGGCGCAGGGCUUCGAGAAGUACGGGAGUGAGGAGGAGCUGCAGAAGGAGCCCGUCAAGCAUCUCAACGAAGUCUACGUCAAAAUCAACCAGGACAACUCCGCCGAGCUCAAGCCGCUGAACGCGCUCAAAGACAGGCAAAAGGAAUUGGAGAAGCUGAAGAUGCCGAAGAAACCGGUGAAGCCGGCCAAGGGAAAGCCUGCGGAGCCUGUGGAGCCAGUCGUGCAGGAGGAGUUCACCGAGGCGCACGAGAAGGAACUGGCCGAGCUUCCGGCAAAGAUGGAGAAGGUCGAGCAGGAGCUGGCUGCGAUACCCAGUAUCGAUGAGAAGGCCCGUCAGUUCUUCGCCCGGAUGUACAACGGCGACAAGGAGGCGCUGCAGAACUGGCAGAGGUUCAGGGACUUGUCGAUCGAUGCCUACAUCAAAAUGUACGCUCGUCUGAACAUCGAGUUUGACGAGUAUGGUGGAGAGUCGACAGUCAAGGAAGCGAAUAUGGAGCAAGCGGUGGUGGUGUUGGAGAAGAAGGGCAUCAGCGAGGAUAGCAAGGGCGCCAUCAUCGUGGACCUCUCCAAGCACGGCGCGCCAACACUCGGCAAGACACUGGUCAAGAAGAGGGACGGCACCUCACUCUACCUCACCCGAGACAUCGCCGGCAACUUUGAGCGCUACGAGAAGCACAAAUUCGACAAGAUGAUCUACGUCGUCGCCUCGCAACAAGACGUGCACAUGGCGCAGUUCUUCAAAAUCCUCGAGCUCAUGGGCGAACCGUACGCCGAAAUCGUCGCCAGAUGCGAGCACAUCACCUUCGGCAUGGUGAAGGAUCCCAAGGGCCAGACGAUGAGCACGCGAAAGGGCACCGUCGUCUCGCUCGCCGACUCCCUCGACCACGCCAAGGAAUUCAUGCACGACGUGAUGCGCAAAAACGACGACAAGUACAAGCAAGUCGCCGACCCGGAGUCCACGGCCGACAUCCUCGCCAUCAGCGCCAUCAUGGUGCAGGACUACAGCGGGAAGCGCAUCAACAACUACAACUUCGACCUGGAGAAGAUGACGUCCUUUGAAGGCGACACCGGCCCCUACCUGCAAUACUCGCACGCGCGCGUCUGCUCCAUGGAGCGCAAAAACCCCGUCCCCUUCGAGCAACUCCUCGCCGCAGACCUCAGCCUCAUCAUGUCGAAAGAAGGCAUCGAGCUCGUUCGCACGCUCGCCCAGUGGCCCGACGUCUUCCUUAACACGUACAAGACCCGCGAGCCCGUCACCGUGCUCUCGUACCUGUUCAAGAUGACGCACGUGCUGUCGACGUGCUACGAGGCGAAAGACGCGAGCAAUCACAACGCGAAGACGAUGAGCGUCAUGUUUGCCGAGACGCCGGAGAAGAAGGCGGCGCUCAUGGCGUUGUAUGAUUGCUCGAGGCAGGUGUUGGGGAAUGGGAUGCGGCUGCUCGGGUUGACGCCUGUGGAGAGGAUGUAGAUCCCGGUGGAUGGGAGAGUCGCUUUUGCAUGAUCCAGGGCGUUUCGAUUGGGUGAUCGCCUGAUCUGUAUCUUAGAUGCUGCCAGUUAGCUAGAGAAGUGCUGAAUGAUUCACACCGCAAACGCUCGUCGCGCAUACAUUAGUCUGCAUGUCGUAGUCAGCCAGAUUCACCUGCUGAGGAGAGGAGAGGGCAAAAGGCGUAGAGGAUAAUGAUGU